CUUCGUAACGAGGGAAACAUGGAAGGGGCGUUGGCCAUUGGCGAGGACCGCAUCAGCGCCCUCCCCGACGAGCUCCUCCAGCAUGUGAUGUCCUUCUUGCUUUCCCGCGAUGCCGUGCGGACGUGUGUGCUCGCUAGGCGUUGGAGCACGCUCUGGAAGUCCGUGCCUGCCCUACGCAUCGAGGAUGACCUUGCGACUGACUCCUACAAGUUCGUGGAUGAGCUGCUGCGCCUCCGUGACCCGGCGCCAUUGAACGCGUGUGACAUCUGUGAUGCGUACGAGGAUUCGGAUACAGAGGAUCCGUUAGCUUUUUGCGAGGAGGAAUCCAAUCGCAUUGCGCCGUGGCUCCGGUAUGCUUUGUUGCAUCAAGUUCGGGUGCUACGAGUCACUGCUCCUGUCUUCCCGACCGACCUGGUUCUCGUCUCUUCACACCUAAAGAGGAUAGAGCUUUGUCUCAUGCAGUUUGAAGAGACUCUGGAUCUUUCAAGUUGCCAGGUGUUAGAUGUGUUAGAGAUGACAGAUUGUAACAUCUAUGAGAGUAUCUUUUGCCAGUCAUUACGACACCUUAACAUGAAAGGCGGAUGUUUUGACAAUGAAAUCCGCUAUCGUAUUUCUGCCCCAAAUCUCGUUAGCUUGCAACUAGCUCCAGAGUCGGGCUUGACUCCAUUGCUUGACAACAUGCCAUCACUGGUAACAGCAUCUGUCGAAUCUUCCGAAGAGGAGUCUCAUCACUGUUUUACUUUACCAUCAUGUGACGAAGGAUGCACUAGGGAAGAAACAUUUUCUGUGGUUUUGGAAGGCUUGUCUGCUGCUACAAACUUAGAGUUAACAAGUGAUGAUCUGUUAUCUAUUUUCGGAAUGGAUUUGAAAUGGUGCCCUGUGUUUAGCAAGCUCAAAACGUUGUUGCUGAAUGAAUGGUGUGUGGCUGGUGAUUUCACUGGAUUGGUGUACUUUCUCCAGCACUCACCAAUUCUAGAGACACUCACGCUACAAUUUGAUAUUCAAACUCAUAAGAAACAACGUGUGAAUGAAGCAGAUGAAAGAUAUGCCCCAAAGAAGCAAUCAUUACUAUCGAAGCAUCUCAAGAUAGUCAAAAUCAUAUGUGGCACGACGAAGGAAGAUGCUAGAGUUUACCGUGCUUUGAAGAUGCUCUGUGCCCAUGGAGUGCCUCCUGAAAAAAUUGACAUCCAAUAGAACUCUCUUCUGCUGUUCGAAUGCCUCUAUAUCGACUGGUCAACCUCAUCAUUCGUUAUAGCUCUCUAUGUCCCUGGAUCGCACCAGGAAGUUGCUGCAUUUUGUGUACCAGGCCAGGAUCUCGCCUUUCGUGUUCAUGCCGCGUGUCCCAUGUUCAUAUGAACUCGUACGUAAACCGCUGUGUGUCGUGCUUGGUUGCAGCUGGAGCAUGUUGUUGUUGCAGUGUCGCCCUAGUCCUGCUCGCAUUGCGCUUUUCGCUCAUUUUCUGAACUCGGUAGGUGUCACUCAGGCCUGAACUCUAGUUCCCCCCUCAAGGCCUGUCUGUAGCUUGCUAAGAUGCUUCAGGAUUGCUGUAGGUUGUUUCCAGAUGUGUU